UCGCCUGCAGACCGGGCGGCGCCGCUGCAGCCCCGCGCCCGGCCACCAUGCCCGCCGCCGCCGCCGCCCCCCAGCCAGUUCCCUGCCUCUGCUAGGCGGCGGCCGCGGCAGCAGCAUGGAUGGUGCUCUUGCGACGACCUCUGCUGAUUCCACCCGUCCACUGCGGAGAGGCAUGCUGACUAAUCCUGCUGUCAAUGGGCGAGGACGCGGACCCGCGGACGAUUAACCACGGCUUCCUCCGAGACCACAAUUAUGUGACUGAAGCUGACAUUAUUUCAACUGCUGAGUUCAACCACACAGGGGACUUGCUGGCCACUGGGGACAAAGGCGGUCGAGUUGUUAUAUUCCAAAGGGAGCCAGAGAGCAAAAAUGAACCUUACAGUCAAGGUGAGUACAAUGUUUACAGCACCUUCCAGAGCCAUGAGCCAGAGUUUGACUAUUUGAAGAGUUUGGAAAUAGAGGAAAAAAUAAACAAGAUCAAGUGGCUGCCGAAGCAGAAUGCCGCCCACGCUCUUCUGUCCACGAAUGAUAAAACUAUUAAACUGUGGAAAAUUACCGAACGAGAUAAGAGACCUGAGGGAUACAACUUAAAAGAUGAAGAAGGGAAACUUAAAGACCUUUCUACGGUGACCUCACUUCAGGUGCCUGUUUUGAAGCCAAUGGAUUUGAUGGUAGAAGUCAGCCCCAGGAGAAUUUUCGCAAAUGGCCAUACCUAUCACGUCAACUCCAUUUCUGUCAACAGCGACUGCGAGACCUACAUGUCAGCGGAUGAUCUUAGAAUUAACCUCUGGCACCUGGCAAUUACAGACAGGAGCUUCAGUAUCCUUUGCCAUGAUUACUCCGACCAAUCAUCUUCUCUGGCUUGA